AUGAGAAAAAAAAAUUUGGAGGAAAAUGACAAGUUGCUAAAAAAAAAAAAUAUUGUAAAUUAUGAUUACGACUCGGAUUACGAUGUAGAGUUAAGGAAGGCGAAGAGGAAGGAGGAUCCCAUGAAUAAGUAUUUGGCUGACACGAAGGAGCAGCCAGCAAAGGCCAUGUGUCGGUAUCAGUCUCCCUAUAACAGGUUCAACAUCCUCGCCGGCUACAGGUGGGACGGCGUUGUGCGCGGAAAUGGUUUUGAAAAGAGGAGAUUCGAGGCGCUCAAGCUGAAGCAGCAUCGGGACAAAGUGGCCUACCUGAACAACGUGUCGGACUUGUGA